AUGUUUUUUUUUUAUUUUGCCUUAUCAGUUGUACUUAAGGCCUGCAUGAAAAAGUUGCCAUAGUCCAAGAUGAGCCUACUCUUUCCCGUGUUUGUCAUCGCGGCUGCGGUGUUUACUGCCUGCUACGUGCUGCUGUAUUUCAUCUAUAAACCCUGGAAGCGAUUUCAGUACUUCAGCAAGGAGAUCCCCGGCCCGGCUGCCUUGCCGCUCAUAGGCAACGCACAUCAGUUGGAUCCCAAUCCCCAAAAGUUCUACCAGCAGAUCCUGCAAUACUGCCGAGAUUUUCCCAAAUUCUUCAGGAUUAUGCUGGGGCUCAUCCCCAUGAUUGUGAUCACCAAUGCCAAGGAUGCAGAGGUCCUGUUUAGCAGUACGAAACACAUCACCAAGGGUUUCGUGUACGAUUUCCUUCAGCCGUGGCUGGGCACUGGUCUGCUUACAAGCAAGGGCAGUAAGUGGUUCCGCCGUCGCAAGAUGCUGACGCCGACCUUCCAUUUCAGCAUCCUGAACGGUUUCCUGGUGACAUUCAAUGAGAAGACGGACAUCUUGGGAGCGAGGUUGAAGGCGUUGGCAGACGGCCAAGUGUUCGAUAUUUUCCCUAUCAUAACGCAGUGCUCACUGGAUAUUAUAUGUGAGACUGCGAUGGGAAAGAAUAUCCAUGCACAGGAAGACGGCCAGAAUGAAUAUAUGCAGGCAGUUAUCAAGAUGAGCGAGCUAGCCCUGGACAGGAUGAAAUACCCCUGGUUAUGGCCCAACAUGCUGUAUGGCAUCUUGCCGAAUGGCAGACGACAAGCAGAAUGCUUGAAGGUCCUUCACGACACAACAAACCAGGUAAUUCAGGAGCGAAGCCAGGACUUUGUCAACCUCCAUCCCAGAGGUCUGGAUGACCAGUCGGCCGAUCAGCCCAAGAAACGUCUGGCGUUUCUGGAUCUGCUGCUCCACAUGAAACAAGAGGACGAGACGGUCACAUUUGACGACAUUAGGGAGGAGGUGGACACGUUCAUGUUUGAGGGUCAUGACACGACGGCAGCUGGUGCAUCUUGGUGUCUGUACCUCCUGGGUCGACAUCCCGAGAUACAACGCAGGGUUCACGAAGAACUGGAUGAAGUAUUUGGUGACAACCAGGAGCCAGCUACAUCGGACCAGCUUCAACGACUCCACUACCUGACCUGCGUCGUCAAGGAGACGCUCCGCAUCUUCCCCUCGGUGCCGUUCAUUGCGCGCAUCCUCGAGGAAGACUGCGUGUUGGGUGGCCACAAGAUUCCCAGCGGCACCAACGUCUGUGUUCUGAUAACAGGUCUGCAUCGCGAUCCGGACGUCUUCCUGAAUCCUGAAGAGUUUGAUCCGGAUAGAUUCCUUCAACAGAACUGUCUCAACCGUCACCCGUACGCCUACGUGCCUUUCUCCGCUGGUGCUAGAAACUGUAUUGGUCAGCGCUUUGCCAUGAUGGAAGAGAAGGUCAUUGUGUCUUCAGUCCUGCGACGUUUCAACAUCGAGUCCGUCCAAUCUAGAGACGAGGUAUUCCCGAUUGGAGAGUUGAUUCUGCGCCCUAGUGCAGGCAUCAAGGUCAAACUUAGCCCCAGGGUUUAAGUUUGUUUAGCCACAAAAGAACUUCAUUGUCCGUUAAUCAAUUCUUAACCAGUUCGCGCCGGAGGCCGUGUAUAAACCCAUAGGUUUUGCAGUAUUCGGAACGGAUGAUGGAAAAACACGCAAUGAGCGAGGCCGGAAAUCUGUCAGCGACCUGCACUCGGCGGGCAAGGCAGGAGAUAUGAGUGUGCUGCCUGAGGGUGAAGGCUUCAACCCGCCUGGCUUGAGGUCGAGUGAAAAGCAAUCUCGCGCCUCGUUCCGUUCUUGUCAAAAUAAUCCCGGCGUGAACUGGUUAAAAAAAAGAGUAUAAGUGAUGGUGCUUUCAUUUUUAAUUGACAAGCAGGCAAAUUAUUGCCUAGAAUUAAAGCUUUUUAGAAAUUAGUGAUGAUCUUUAUCAGUAAAACUGAUCACUCUAGAUUUUUACUUUAAGUGUAAUUUGCACAGUUGAACUUUUUAGCUGUAAAGGUUAAAGAAAAAUGGCAGGGUGGCAUGUAAUACUUUUUUUUUUAUCUAUUCCAUGUACAUGUAGUUGCAAUAGGACACAAAUGUAUAAGCAAAACCAAAGAAAUGUACGUUUUUACAAUUAUUGGAAAUCCGAGUUUGUUUCUUAAAUUAUUGAUUUAUACAUGUAUGUAAUGCAUGAUAAAUUGUAUGUUGAUGGGUAUUUUAGCAUCAUGUUUUUGGCAUCAUUUUUGACUAAAAUUCAUGUACACAAAUAUAUACUUGAUAUUAGUUUAUUAACCAUUUUUGACAAGUGUGUGAUAAUUCAGUGGGAACAAUACUUAUUUGUAAAAAAAAAAGCACUUUGAAGCCAUAUCAGAGUAGAGUAAAAUUGGUUUACUGGUGAACUGUUUAUGACAAAUUAUACAUUUGAAUGUAAUUUAUUCAAAAUGGUUAGCUGUUGGAAUUAAAUGCAUUGUUUAAUUAAAGAUAAACAUGUAUAUCCUUUGAAAAAAAAUAUUGGUGGUGUGUGCAUGAUUACCCAAUUACCAAUUAUUAUCCAAUAUCACCCAUUUAUUUGUACACAGACCGGGAAAUGUGGUCAUCUUCGGUUUAGAACUGACUUAUUAAGCCUUAAAAAAAAAC